CCUCCCGCCAUGGCGAGCCCGGCCGCGAGCCCCGACUCUUCCUCCCACGAGGCCCUCUCCUCCGUCAACUCGGCGCCGGCGUGCUCGCCCACCUCCGACUCGGAGAACCUCAGCCCGGAUGAGCUGGAGCUGCUGGCCAAGCUGGAGGAGCAGAACAGCGGCUCCUCCUUGGUCUCCAGCUCGUCGGCCUCCUCCAACCUGAGCCACCUCGAGGAGGACACGUGGAUCCUCUGGGGCCGCAUCGUCAACGAGUGGGAGGAGUGGCGGAAGAAGAAGGAGAAGCUGCUGAAGGAGCUCAUCCGGAAGGGGAUCCCCCACCAUUUCCGCGCCAUCGUCUGGCAGCUGCUCUGCAGCGCCACCGACAUGCCCGUCAAGAACCAGUACUCGGAGCUGCUCAAGAUGUCGUCCCCCUGCGAGAAGCUCAUCCGGAGGGACAUCGCCCGCACCUACCCCGAGCACGAGUUCUUCAAGGGGCAGGACAGCCUCGGCCAGGAGGUGCUCUUCAACGUCAUGAAGGCUUAUUCCCUGGUGGACCGGGAGGUCGGAUACUGCCAGGGCAGCGCCUUCAUCGUGGGAUUGCUGCUCAUGCAGAUGCCCGAGGAGGAGGCUUUCUGCGUGUUCGUGCGGCUGAUGCAGGAGUACCGCUUGCGGGAGCUCUUCAAGCCCAGCAUGGCCGAGCUGGGGCUCUGCAUCUACCAGUUUGAGUACAUGCUGCAGGAGCAGUUGCCGGAGCUGAACAUCCACUUCCGUUCGCAGAGCUUCCUCACCUCCAUGUAUGCCUCGUCCUGGUUCCUCACCCUCUUCCUCACCACCUUCCCCUUGCCGGUGGCCACGCGGGUCUUCGACAUCUUCAUGUACGAGGGGCUGGAGAUCAUCUUCCGCGUGGGCAUGGCCCUCUUGCAGUUCAACCAGGCCGAGCUGAUCCAGCUGGACAUGGAGGGGAUGUCACAGUACUUCCAGAAGGUGAUACCCCACCAGUUCGACAGCUGCCCUGAUAAACUCAUCCUGAAAGCCUACCAGGUCAAAUACAACCCCAAAAAGAUGAAGAGGCUGGAGAAGGAGUACGCCGCCAUCAAGAACAAGGAGAUGGAGGAGCAAAUCGAGAUCAAGCGGCUCAGGACCGAGAACCGCCUCCUGAAGCAGCGGAUCGAAACGCUGGAGAAGGAGAGCGCUGCCUUGGCAGACAGGCUCAUCCAGGGCCAGGUGACACGAGCGCAGGAGGCGGAGGAGAACUACAUCAUCAAGCGAGAGCUGGCAGUGGUGAAGCAGCAGUGCAGCUCGGCCACGGAGAACCUGCAGCGAGCCCAGAGCACCAUCCGUGAGCUGCAGGACCAGCAGGGCAACCCGCGCUUCACGGAGGAGUUCGUCACCCACCUGGAGACAGAGCUGGAGCAGUCGCGGCUGCGGGAGACCGAAACCCUCAGCGCCCUCAAAGAGAUGCAGGACAAAGUGCUGGACAUGGAGAAGAGGAACAGCCUGCUCCCGGACGAGAACAACGUGGCCCGCUUGCAGGAGGAGCUCAAGGCGCUGAAGGUGCGCGAGGCUGAGGCUGUGAAGUCACUGAAGGAGCUGCAGCAGCAGGUCAAGGAUCUCAACGACACCUGGCAGGCUCAGCUGGCGCGGGCCAGCGGGCGCUGGAAGGAUUCGCCCCGCAAGAACAACAUCAACGAGCUGCAGGACGAGCUGAUGACGACGCGCCUGCGAGAGACGCAGGCCCAGGCUGAGCUGCGCGAGCUGCGGCCGGGGGGGGCUGGAACCCGAGGUGAGGGGCCCCCCGAGCCGAGGACGGGGUUGAAAAAGCAGAGCAAGACCACCGGGAUCGACCAGAUUUUUCUGAACCGGACAGAGCAGGAGUGCAGGGGGCUGCAGGAGAAGCUGCAGUACGUCACGGCCCAGAACAAGGGGCUCCAGACCCAGCUGAGCGAGACCAAGCGCAAGCACGCCGAAUCCGAGUGCAAGAGCAAGGAGGAGGUGAUGGCAGUGCGGCUGCGUGAGGCCGACAGCAUGGCGGCGGUGGCCGAGAUGCGGCAGCGCAUCGCCGAGCUGGAGAUCCAGAGGGAAGAGGGCAUGAUCCAGGGCCAGCUCAACAACUCGGACGCCUCGCAAUACAUCCGCGAGCUCAAGGACCACAUCGACGAGCUCAAGGCCGAGAUCCGACUGCUGAAGGGCCCGAAGGCAUUCGGCGAGGCGCUGGGCUUCGACAGCAUCCACAUCGUGCGGCACCUGGCGGACGAGGACUCGCUGGCCUCAUCGGAUGAGGAGCUGGCACCGGCGCCCUUCUCCCUGCCGCCCCGUGGCACCAACUGA